AUGUCAAUUAUAGAAAAUGAAGAAAUCCUUAAUAAUUAUAUGGUUAAAAAUUUAUAGAAAGGUAAAGAAAGAGAAAAUCAUAGUGAUUUCUAUGAUUAUAAUCCAUUAACUUCAACAUUUUAAUGUUAUGGAUGUCAAAAAUAAAAACCAAAAUAAGUCUCAUUAUUAUUAUCUAAUUAAAAAAUUAAAAAGAAGAGAAAGACAUUAGAAAUUUAUAAAAUGAAUGAUAUCAUUAUAAAACCUUGGCAUCCUUUUUUAAGAGAAUUUUAAAAAAUAUUUAAAAACUCAAUUACUCCUCAACAUAAAUAACUAAAUUAUUUAACAGAGUAUUAUAAACCAGAUAUUGUAUUAUAAUUAUAUGAAGUUAUUCGCAGAUUAAGAGAAUAAUUAGAAGAAAAUAUUAAAUAAAUUUAAAAAGGUGAAAUCUCAAUUGCACCCAUUCUUGAAACAUUAGCAAUAUAUUCAAUAGAUGAAAUUGAAAUCAAUUAUGAAACAUUACACAAUAGUACUAAGUCUAUUCAAUAAGAUUCUACUAGAAAAUCAUUGGCUAGUUCAAGUAUAAGAUAUUAAAUGUAAGAAAAGAAAAUCUAACAUUAUAAAGAAUAGUGGGAAAUAGUUAAAGAGUAAGUAGUAUUAUUAGAAUAGAAUAAUUCCAUAGGUUUGAAAUAAUAAAUAGAAAAUACAAUUAGGGCAUAGAAAGAAAUCUAAUAUUUAAAGAGUGUUUUGAAAGAAACUUAGGAUCAUCUUAUGAUAAUUGAAAGAGAUAAGGAAUAAUUAAUUAAAGAAAAUUACUUUUUAUUUCAAUAUGCCUAAUUAGAUAGACAUUAUUUAUUUAUUAGAAUUAUGGAAGUAUAAUAAUAAUCAUAUGUAGUAAUAUCCAGUAGAAUAAUUAAAAGAAACAGAUAUAUCUUAUUUUGAAAUCUAUCUUAAAGAAUUAGAAAAAGAAUAAGCUAAAUUGAAAUUAGAAAAUACAAAAUUAAAAAUUCAUACAAAUCAUUUAGAAAAGGAAACAGAACUCAUAAAAUAAGAAUCAUUUUCAUAAUUUUCUAAUGAAUUUUAAACUUAAGAAUAAAAAUGGAGUAUUGAAAAAAAUUAAUUAGAGAAAACACUUUAAUAAUUAAAAUAAGAUUUAUAGAUAAGUUAGAAAUUUGAAAAGGAAUUAAGGAUUCUCAAUUAAACAUUAUAAGGAGAAUAAGAUAAAUUAAGAAAAUAAUUAUUUGAAUAUCAAACUAGUAUGAACAAUAUCAGUCAUCAACAUUUAAUUUAGAGAUAAUAAAAUGAUUAAUUAUUAAAAUAGAAUUAAGAACUUCAAUAGACUAUAUAAUUAUUAGAAUAGUAAGCAAUAGGUAAUAAAUAAUAAUUUAAUAAAAUGAAUCCUAAUGAUUAAGCUUAAUAAUUAGCAUUAAUUAUUCUAUCUAAACAACAACCAAAUCAAGAAUAAAUUAAAUUACUUUAAUAAGUAUUUGGAGAAUUUACUGAUUAAAUAAUUUAGAAUUAACUAGAAUAAAAUUAGAAUGAAUAAGCUGAAAAAUUGAUUCAAUAAUUAUAAGAUUUAAGAAAUUUUAAAGAAAAACUUGAAUUUUAAAAUAGAUUAACAAAUAAAUAAAUAGAAGAAAUAAAAAAAGAAAUUGAAUAUGCUUUUUUAUUGAAUGAAACUUAAUAAUCUUAAACAAAAAUCGGUAGAAAAUUAAAUUAUGAUAUUUAAGAUUAAACUUAAUUUUACUAAUCUUUAGUAAGAAUUAAUGAAAUUUUGAAUAGUAAAGAAGAAGAUCUAUCAAAAUUAAAUAUCUUAAAAAGUUAAUCUCCAAUAAAUAUGAAAUAGGAAAUAUCUUAACUUCAUUAUUUAUUAUUAUUGUAAGCAUUAUCUUUAGAAGAGAUGAUUCUUAAUAGUGAAUAAAAUUAAACUGAGAAUUUCUCAGAUCAAGAUAUUAAAAGUUCUAAUGGAAAAGAAUAAUAACCUUCUGAUUUUUAUGCUAUAGAUGAAUAAGAAAUAGAGGAAAGUUCUCAAAAUGAUUAAGAUGAAGAAGUUGAAGAGAGUUCUAUCCAUCAACCAGAACCAUAUUAGGAAGUAGAAAAUUAAAGAAAAUGA